UCAUCAAUGACAGGACAUGACAAUUGCAGGCAACCUACAAUAAAGAGGCUUGACCAGAACGGCUUUACUUAGCGCUGUUGUAGGAGCUUGGUGUGUGAGGGUUUUUGCCGGAUGUGGCAACCCCGAGACGAGUCUACCUACACACUGCUUUCGGUCACUUGAGGAGGUAAUCGGGUGUUGACAGUCUGCUCUACUCUCAGCACAUAUUUAGAUCGUCAUUUAUUUCACACGAUGAGGACCAGUAUUAACACCCUUCCUUCCCAGUACAGGACCCUGACCAGGUCUAGACUAACUGCGAGCCAGAUUCAAAGACACAAGGCAUCUCUUCCCAAAAACUUUUCUGACUACGAGAGCAUAAAACACGACUUCAACCCUCAAAUCCCAGAAUAUUUCAACUUUGCCAGAGAUGUCAUGGACAAGUGGGCAGAAAAGGAGAAGGUCGGACAGCGAGCAGCUACGCCUGCAUUGUGGUGGGUGAAUGACAGAAAACAGGAGAUUCAGUGGAGUUUUGAAGAGCUGGGCUUCCACUCAAGAAAACUGGCCAAUGUGCUGUCGGGACUGUGUCAGCUCAACAUGCGGGACCGGCUGUUCCUCAUUCUACCCAGAAUCCCUGAGUGGUGGCUCGUCAACAUUGCAUGUCUCAGGACAGGUACAGUGCUCCUACCUGGCACCUCUCAGCUGACAGCCAGAGAUAUCCUGCACCGGCUGCAGACCUCAGGGGCCAAGUGUAUCAUCACAGAUGAGUCCAUCGCUCCACUGGUGGAGGAUGUAGCCAGUCAGUGUCCUUCCCUGCAGUCCAAAAUACUAGUUUCUAAUAGGAACAGAGAUGGCUGGAGAAACCUUGGUGAUCUGAUGAAUAAUGUGGCCAGUGACCAUGAAUGUGUGGAGACUCGCAGUGAUGAUCCUAUGACCAUCUUCUUCACCAGUGGCACCACAGGGUUGCCUAAAAUGACCCAGCACAGCCACUGUAGUUAUGGCAUAGGUCUCACUGUCAAUGGCAGGUACUGGUUGGACCUGACAGACCAGGACGUGCUGUGGAACACAUCAGAUACCGGCUGGGCUAAGUCAGCCUGGAGUAGCGUCUAUGCCCCUUGGAUCCAGGGAGCCUGUGUCUUCAUACAUCACAUGCCUCGUUUUGACAGCUCCACCGUGCUAACGACCCUCUCCAGCUACCCGAUAUCAACAUUCUGCACAGCUCCGACUGCGUACCGCAUGCUUGUUCAAGAGGAUGUGGCCAAGUACAAAUUCAAGUCGUUGCAGCAUUGCCUGUGUGCCGGUGAGCCCAUUAAUCCAGAGGUAAUGAAGAAGUGGAGGGAGGCCACGGGAUUAGAUAUCUACGAAGGAUAUGGACAGACUGAAACCGUUUUGGUGGCUGCUACUUUCAAGGGGAUGAAGAUAAAGCCUGGAUCAUUUGGAAAGGCAUCGCCAGCAUAUGAUGUACAGGUUGUGGAUGACGACGGUGCUGUUUUGCCCCGGGGAGAGGAGGGAAACCUUGCCAUCCGAGUGAAACCCCUCAAGCCGUUCUCUCUCUUCACUGAAUAUACUGGUGACCCAGUGAAGACGGAGGAGUGUUACAGGGGGGAUUUCUACCUGACCGGGGACAGGGGAGUGAUGGAUGAGGAUGGUUACCUGUGGUUUGUGGGGCGAGCUGACGAUGUCAUCCUCUCAGCCGGGUAUCGGAUCGGCCCGUUUGAAGUGGAGAAUGCUUUGAUAGAGCAUGAGGCUGUGGCCGAAUCAGCGGUGGUCGGCAGCCCUGACCCAAUCAGAGGAGAGGUUGUCAAAGCAUUUGUUGUGCUGACACCAGAGUACAGAUCUCAUGACAAAGAGCAGCUUGUGAAAGACUUGAAGACACACGUGAAGAAAAUGACUUCGCCCUACAAGUAUCCACGCAAGGUUGAGUUUGUGGAGCAGCUUCCCAAGACAAUCAGCGGUAAGAUCAGAAGAGUGGAGCUACGCAAGAGAGAGUGGGGACAGAUUUGAGUUUUUUGACCAUCAGGACAUUAUAGCUGCAUUGAUUUAAACCUACAAAUUUCAAUCUCACUCACAGCAUAUUAUAAACCUUUGCCUCUUGAUGGCUGCCCAAAUAACAGGAAGGCAAACCAUCAAGGAAACCUGGGACUGAUGACAUCCGAUCAGUAUGACUUAGUAUUGUUUAGUAUUGAUCCAGCACUUUGCUGAUUUGUGCAUAGUGUUCAUUUGUCUUUCUAUAUACUAUUGUGUAGAACAAGAUAAUGUCAUAUUUGGGUAGUUUUACACUGCUCUUUCCAAAAGUCUUGACCAUCAUCACAAUAUUAGCACGGGGAUCCAUGCUCCUACACCACAGUGCCUUUGAAUAAAAAUUACCAUUCCAUCUCACUAUAUGAAGAUGUUUCCAUUUGCUGUGGUUUUGCAAACUUUUGUGAUUUUUAACGGGGUACACGUUCCUCGAUGGGUACAGACAAUAGAAUAAAGUUUUGGGCG